CAGGCAGAGGACUGUCUUCAGAAAGGUUCACAGUCUCAUCCUGAAUAUUCCCUCGCUCUUCCAAGGCUGCCAAGAAGAACAGCAACUCGAUGCAGUCUGUCACCUAAAGGAGAGUCUCUUGGUUUGAGUGUCCUGUCUGUGGAUCCCUCAUGAUGCCACGAGAAGAGGCUUACUAUGGUUACCCCAGGAAAGGACAUGGCCACUCUUACAUCACAACUGAAGAGGCUGCAGGGAUUGGCAUCCUGACAGUGGUCCUGGGAAUUUCUCUGCUCAUUGGCUGCUGGUACUGUAGAAGACGAAGUGGAUACAGAAUCUUGACGAACAAAAGGCUUCAUGCCGGUUCUCAAAGUACCAUGAAGGAAAGAUGGCCACGUGAACAGUGCUCAUGUGAGGGACUUGGCCAUCAGGACAGCAGGCUGUUUUUUCAAGAGAAAACCCAGGAGCCUCUGGUUCCCAAUGCCCCACCUGCCUAUGAGAAGCUCUCUACGGGACAGUCACCACCACCAUAUUCACCUUGAGAGGCAGCAAACCACUGAAGUGAUUUUCUUCAUGCUUCUGCUUUAAUUCUGAGUAGACGCCUAUGUUUUGUUUAGAAUGCUGUAAUAAUAAAGUACAUCUCUAAUAAUAGGCCAAUGUUAACUUCUUGGCAGGGCAACUACAGGUACUAAUCAAGUGAGGAAUGAUGAGCAAUAUUAACAUGGGAAAAGUUUCAUCAAUAAACAUUAUGAUGCAUAUUA